GGUAAACAGAACCAGCGGAACUGACCGAUCGCCGACGAUGAUGCAGGCAGAGCGAUCGGCUGGUGCCUGACCGUGCCCAUCCACCAGCUGAGCUCCAGCGAGAAAAUGCUGUCAUCUGCGUCCCUGUGACCCAGUUUGAUCCCGCUCGAAACAGUUAAGCGAUUAUCCUCAUGGCUUAUCUGCCACUCCCGCCGAUUACGACGACAUUGUCAAUUUACGAUUCCCACCGUUGUAUCGUCCGCGACUCUGCUAUGGCUCACUGAAGCGUCACCGCUACGAGGCGCAUUCACCAUAAGCAACUCGGUGUGAGACGUAGAAAUUCCCAAAUUCUGAGGCGAACUCUGGAGAGCUCGAUCAAACGGGCUCGCGACAAGUCCUGUCUUUUCGGUUUCGGGUUGAGUGCUUGGACGCAACAUUGUGUCGUGGCCAAGCCGCGUGAAUGCAUUUCCCCGUGUGACCCGACGGUUUCUUUUUUUUUUUUUCCCCGAAGUGUGCACAUCUCUUCGACGAGGAGGCGCAUCGAGUGAAUAAUGUUCACGAAGUUAAAGAAGAAGAUUGAAGAGGAGAACCAGACCGAGCUCGUCAUUGGCAUUCCGCCACCGCCGCCCCAGCUGCCGGCACCGACUCCGACCCACAGCCGCAGAGCAUCUGACUGCGGCGUCAGCACUCCUGGCCGGAGCACCUGCAGUGAGGCCUCGGACAGUGAUCGAGAGCAGAGACCAAAGAAACUGCCGCAGGGUAACUCGACUGAAAAUGACAACAGUAAGCAUAAAGGUAGCCCACCGAAGAGGUCAGUGCCCACAGGUGCCGACUAUGAAGAGAUAUACCACAAGCUGCAGCUCAUCAAGCGGGAGAAGCAGGAGCUUGAGCGGCAGCUUCGGGAGAGCGAGCAGCGGGUGGAGCUCUUGGCAGGCCGCUGUGAGAACCGCGAGGAGAUCGAGAGCUUCCAGAGCCAGGAAAUGGCCAAGGUCAAGCACUUGCUGCUGUGCAGCCAGCAGGAGCUCCGGGCAGCUGAUGAGCGGUUGCGUCAGCGAUCACAAGAGCUGCAGCAAGCACGAGACCGAGCAGCUGAGCUUGAGAAAGCACUGUCCGAGGGUGGUGAGCAAGCUCGUGCUCGUGACCUGGAGAGGGACAAAACUGCUCUCGAAGCAGAAGUAGACCGUCUCAAGCAAGAUGCAUUGCAGAAUGCUACCCGCAUCAGCCAGCUGGAGUGCGAGCUGGGAGGCCUGACUGAUGAGCAUGAUGGUCUCAAGCACACACAUGACGUCUACAAAUCCAAGGCAGCCACGAUGAUAGAUGAGAAAGACCGCCAUAUCUCUGACCUGGAGGACAAGGUUCGCACCUUGGAGAAGCGGCUCCAAGGCACUGCACUGACGGGCGAUGAGCACAUCCAGUCACUUGUGGAGGAGCGCAAGGAGCUAGAAAAGAAGCUGGAUGAGUCUCGACAGCACCUGUCCGAGGUCAAGACAUCCUGGAGUGACAAAAUCAACAAUCUUGAAGCUCAGAUCUUCAAUCUGAAUCAGAAGAUGGCUGAGGACUCCCAGGAGUGCAGUCGCAUGGAGAAGCUGCUUGCAGAGGCCCAGCAGCGCCUGAAGGAUCAGCAGCAGCAGUGCGCCAAGCUCGAAGAGCAGCUGCUGGCCAGGGACACUGAGAUGGCAAAUAUGCGGCGCAGCCACGAAGAAGAGCUCCAGCGGCAGCGUGCACUCCAGGACUCGCAGCUGGAUGAACUACGAAUGCAGGCGGCCGACCUACGUGCGCAGCUGACCCAGGCCCAGCGGGACCGCGACCGGGAGACUAGCCAGGCGCAGGCACGAAUUAGUGCUCUAGAGACCUCUCAAACGGAAUUUGUCGAGAGGGAAAUUGAGGCCGAGAAGCAGGUGACUGCUCUCGAAAACACGGGCAGGCGUCUCAAGGUGGAAUUGAACAAGAAGGAGGCUGAAUGCAGGAAAAGCCAGGAGCGGAUCCAGGGACUUGAAGCCAGUCAACAGACAUCAUCGGAAAAGGUCUCCAAACUGGAGAGGCAGCUGAGUCUUGUGUCGCACUCCGAGACCACCCUCAAACACAGCCUCAAGAGGAGCGAGGCUGAACUGAAAACCAUGAAGGAAGAUCUUGCAAAGCUGAAGCAGGAGCUGACCUCAGCUGAGACGGAGAACAAGCGACUGACAGAGGAGCUUGAGGCAAAGCAGCAGCAGGCAGAUGAGCAACGUGCCAGGCUGGAAGAGGAGGUGGCACAGCUGCAGGAAUCUCUGCACAGUGUGACAGAAAAGGUGGAGCAGCUGGAAAAGGAGGCUGCGGCUAAUGCGAACAACAGCACCAGCCUCGCUGACUUGGAGAGCAAGGUGGCUGGCCUCGAGGACCAGGUCUCUGAAAAAAACAAGAUGCUGAAGUUGCAACAGCAGAGGAUUAGUGACAUGAAGAAAACCCUGCAGAAGGAGCUUAAGAGCCACCAGGGGGCCGCCGCUGCAGCUGCUGUGCUUAAUGUUGAGGGAGCGCCCAGUGCAACCAGCGAUGUACCACCACCAUCUGUCGACCAUAGCAGCGGCCUCGGCUCUGCUGGCGACAGUGUGGCAAGAGCUGGAACUCAAGACGCAGGGUUGGCAACACAGCCAAGGGGCCCCGACAACAAGCUGGAGGAUGACAUCAACUUUAAAUAUCUCAAGCAUGUCGUCUUCAAGUUUAUGACGAGCAAAGAGUAUGAGGCGCAGCACCUGAUCCGUGCUGUCUCUGUGCUACUCCGUUUCACGGCUGACGAGGAGCAGAUGAUCCGCGAACACCUAGACUGGAAGAACUCGUGGUUUGGGACGCGGCCUCAGCCACACCACCCACCACUUCACCCAUUGCCUCAGCACCACCACGGACACAACUCGCACCAUCACCACCACCGCUCCUCCGCAACAUUUGCGAAUCACCCCAAGGGCAACACCAAGACCACCUAGCACACAGCGGUGCACUCGUUGUGUUUGUGUCAUCACGUUUCAAGAUGCGAUUAUGUGGCUUUGCACCUGCAGGUGUCUAAACAUUCUGCAUCACAGACGUGUGUUGUCAUGUGUGUCAAGAGCAUGGACCUCAUGCAGUGUCAUUUAGUGACGUGACGCUUAUUUGUUAUAGCUUACAUGCCUUGGAUAUUACAGACACCAAUUCCACCUUGAGAGGUUAACCAUGGCUCAGGUGGGCACAAUGAUGGUGUCUCGGACUGCAGGUGUUGUCUUCAGCACAGCAACGAACCAAAUACUGCAUUACAAGAACUCUCUCGUGCAUGACAGCAUUGCUUGGGACUGCCAGCCGCACCAACAAGACUGUGCUUAGGUGUGCUGGACCAAGCCGCUGUGCCAUGGAAAAGAGAUGACGGCACAAUUGGUGGUGCUGAAAAAUAUGAACUGAAUCAUGUUUCCUUGCGUCGAUUCUUAGCACCUCGCUUUGGACCUUCUGCGCACAACUGAGUCCUCAGACAAGACAGAAGUAGAGAGCUGCAUAUUCAUUUUUCCCAGAAAAGGCAGCGCUUCAUUUUUGUUAAGCGCAAGUUUAACUGGUUUUGCACAGUAAUGUCUCUUUAAAAUAAACUGUGUGUGUCGGGGAAGCUGCACUUGGAUGACAUUUUAAUACAGUUUUUUAACAUAAUGGAUCGUUUGUAAGCCUUCUUCUUUUUAAAUGAAAGCUUACACAAACUUUCACACAUUUUCGAUUUAAGUUUUGCCGGUGAGCUCGUUAGGUGCCAGUAUGCUUUUUUUUGUGUGUUUGUUGUAGGGACACGUUAGCAGCCGCACAUAUUACACUCUAUGAAUGACACGAAACACGCUCGUCACUGCCUGCAGAAAUUAGGUGUGCGUUUCGUAGUUAUGUGUUUAUCACUCUCACUCCUUCAUUUUUUUAUUGUUAUUUCUCUUUCAUGUACAUUUAAGAGGACCACUAAGAAUUGGUUAGUCUUCUCUCCCCGUAUUGUUUGAGUGCAAGCACUGAAAUUUACAAGUAUUGCUAAAUUUGUAUAAGAUUGCAUGGGAUCCUUUAUUCCACCGGCGCUAACAUAUCGGGCAGAAACUUGAAAGUUAACGAAGAAGUUAAGGAACACUCAAUGAGUGAUGGAAUGAAAAAUGUUAGGCGUAAACUUAAGAGAUAGGAAGGGAGUGGUGUAAAUUAAGAGAGCAAAUGGGGGUAGCUGAUAUUCUAGUUGACAUUGAGAAAAAAAAUAAUGGAGCUGUGCAGGCCACGUAAUGAGUAGGGCAGAUAACCAGUGGUCUAUUAGAGUUACAGAAUGGGUUCUAAGGGAGGCGCAGUUGAGGACAGCAGAGAACUCGGUGGUGUGACGACAUUAGGAAAUUUGCAGCCAUAAGGAGAGGUCAGCUAAUGCAAGAUGGCGGCAGUUGGAGAUUGCUAGAAGUGGCCUUUGUUUUUCAGUAGGCAUAAGACAGGUUCAUGAUGAGGAGAUCCUUUCUCAAAAGCAAACGCACUCUGCAGGCACAACUAUGAACGGAUCUGUUCCAUAACACCGUACUAAUUGAGUUUAUACGCAUUGCUUUUUAGUGGAACCAAUUCCAAAACAAACUCAAGAAAAAUUUACGAAGAGUUGCAGUUCAGUCAGAUGCUGUGCUCUUGCACCAUACUUUAUCAUUAAAAAAAAAAAAGUCGCAUUUUUCUACCUCUGCUUCUUUUACCACAAGACUAAUGCUGUCGGUAUCCCUGAUUAAUCGCAACCUAAACAGGGAGCAAUCUUUUCAUAGAUUUGUAGUGCACUAUGCAUCGACUGUCUGUGGCUGCUUUUAAAAAAAUUGUGUCUUUCGGGUGUGGCCGAAAAAAAAGAGCUUCUGUAGUUUCUCGCUGCUUACCUUAAUGCACGCAAGAUCACUGUUUUAUGUCACUGUAUUCAUUGCACUGUAUUCUAUAGAGUGCUUUCAACUGUGUGCUCAGAGUCUGUGCGCGAGCGUUGUCAAAACACCAAAGAAAUUGUUCUUGCUUGUAGCAGCGUUUUCUGUUGCUGAACUUGAUCAAUUUCACAUUCUAUUUUAAGGUUCAAAGGCCUGUGUACAUGCAAAAGUGCAGUAGUAUACUCAAAAGUGCUUCCAGUGUAGUCAGUGCUUGAAAUAUAGCCUUUGCAAAAUGAGAAAGUUGUAAAUACAUAUUCACAAAAGCCCCUCUGCAGUUCAUAACUAGUGAGAGUGAAUUUUAGUGGUGCUUGUACAUUAGGACUACCAACAAAUAAUGCCAGAUUUAUGGAUUAAACCUGCCUUUGGGAUAUGUAAAUUGCAGAACUGAUUGUUGACACUUCAAGCUAGUCGUUUUCAGCCAUGAAUGGAGGCUUGUAGAUUGAAACCAUCUGCACUUUCUUUAAAGAGUAUACAGUGAAAAAAAAAAAAAAUCAGCUUCAGCUGCUUAGAAUAAUGAAAAUGUUACUGCUAAUUGCAAUGCACAAUGUCAGAUUUGUCAACCUGUGCCCAUUCUGGUAAUCAGGCUCCUUUCAAGUACUUUCAGUUUCCACAGGCUGUGCACGAAAUGGUUAUUGUAGCAGAUGAUGAUGAUUUUGCUCUUUCAGAAAUGGGAGACAUCUUAGUGGUUAUUUCCUGCUUGCUUUGCAAGCCACAGUGCAGGCAAACAGUUUCGCACAUCACACAAAUCACGACAGCCAGUUUUUCAUGUCUCCUAAUCUAUGUUGUGGUGUUGUGCUGCUCUUAGCUGCACUAGGCUUAAUAUUUUGAGAAACCAAAACUGAUUGUUAUACUGUUAAUCUUACACACCGAUACAUUCUGCCAUGGAAUUUAUUAUCAGUGAUUGUGUAUGUGGCAUUUCAUCACAGGAAGCACAAUGCAAAUUUUGAUGUUUAUAAUUCUACUGCUUGGUACUGGCUCAGUGUAUUGCAGCACUGAACAUUAAGAAAAGUCGAUGGAUCCAGACUUUACAUUCGAACCUGAUGCCACUGUUGUUCAAGACCACCCUCGUACUACGCGCAAUUACCCAGUCCGGCUACACUACUGGCUUCUCUGUGGCUUUCGACAAAAAAUUUCAAACUCCAGGAGGGGUACUUGCAAUGCAUUAUAGCUUGGUCAUGUCUACUCAAAUGCCAUGGUGCCUUCAUGACCAAUGUUUUCUUUCCUCUGUUUUGCUUUGACAAGGCAGUUGUGCUUGUGACAAAAUAAGGAUAGAGUCCUUCAGGGUUGAGUCAGCUCUCUGUUGCCCCUCCCCCCAAACUUCUUUCUCGUUCAUCUCAAAGUCAUUCUCACAUGACAAAAAUUGACAUGAUUUAGUUAAGCGGUGCACUUGAGAAAGCAUGAACAUAAAAAAAAAAUGAGACAUAUAGUUUAAUUUCUUUUUUUUUUUCGUGCCUUUUCAAGUGCAUGGCUCAACUAAUUCUUGAAUUAUCAACUAGCCAAUCAGUUCCCGUUAAGAAAGAUGGACAGGAAGGGACAAGUGUCGAUAUGCAAUGGUUAUUCAGAUUUUCAAGAGGGUGACAGCACGCUCUUUUUGCAGCUUCUGGUUGUCAUGUUUAACGUUUGUAAUUUGUUAUGCAGCUGCAGUGCGGGAGUGCAGGGGUGCCUAAAGUGCACCAAGGGUUGCACUGCUCUCAACUGCUAAAAGCUUCAGUGUUGUUAAGGGAGGCCUCCCAUUACGCUUUUUGAACACAGUAGAUGGACAGGUUCGAUCACUGGGUCAUGUAGUGAUCAGACUUCUCAGCCAGACAUCACACUUCUGUAUACAGCAAAGAGAACCUACAGUUGCGCUUAUAAUGUUGCGCAGACUUGCAUGCACUUCCUAAAGUCUACUGACUGGUUUACAGUCUCUAACUGGAAUGUUAUGCAAAAUGCUGUGCUCAGGCAAAUUACAAGAUAUUAACAGCAACAAAGGCAGAGCUGUGUAGAAAGAAAUGAGUGUGCUGGUUGCGCACUUGGCCAGAAUGUGCAGUAUAGUGGGUUCAGGCACGCAAGGAAAUGGAACAGAGGCAUGGGGUGAUGCUUCACUAAGUGCAGCAUUAUCUGCAUCACCAUAGGCUCUCAACAUUGAGGGGGUACUAGGACAGUCUUGGGGGUGGCUCAAGGCAACUUUAUUUUGAUUACUUGCACUAUAUCCUUCUUAAGACUUUUGAGGGAAGGCGUUUCCAAGUUUAUAAUGCGCCGAUGUAUGCAAUGUACUUUGUUAUGAGGUGCGUGGCAUGCUUUGCAUGCUGCUUGUAGAAUGUGGUGUUUCUGCUCCUUGCAUUGUACAGGCCACCAGUUCACAAUGAACUCACGGGACAAGUACACACACAAAGAGCCUCAAAUUGAGCAACCAGAUCUGCCUAAGGCUCGUAGGAUGCUGGCGUUCACUGAAUACAAACUAUUCGGCAAGUGGAAUAGCAGAAAACAGCUAAUAUAUUCCUUCAAACUGAAUUUUCCACCAACCAGUCAAGGUGUCAGGAUAAGUAAUAUAAUUUGGCUAGCACAGUGGGAAAACUUGUGGGACUGCUCGGGUUAAUGUGGCGAAUUGGGCGUGUUGGUACAUAUUUGAAAAGGUGGCAGCGCUAAAGGGAAGACAUGGACGGAGGCAGGAUGACAAGGACAGCACUCGUCCUUGUCGUCCGAUCUCGGUCUGUGUCUUCCUUUUGCGCUGCCACCUUUUGAAAUCCUCGGGUUCCACGACGGUCGCAAAGGCGGCGGAAUGUGGGCUUGCGUGUCUGUUGGAUGAAUGUGCAGUAAUGAGAAAAUGCUGUGUAUAAUUUGUGAAGCAAGUAUGCCAUGCACGCUUUCUGCUGCUUUUGUUCCGAUUAUUUAAUGAGUAUGUCCUUGUGGUCAUUCCUCCGUUUCUUACCUUCGAAGUCCUGUGCAAGUGGUUUCAUAGCUCAUGGGUGAAAUGUGCAUAUUUAGUGGUGAGAAUGCAUUGUGGACCAUUAUGUACAUCCCCUCGAAUCUUUAUUAAAAUGCUUUGCAGGCCAGGCAGGUGCUACCAUGUCAGACUAGCACUGUCUUCGAACAACUGAUGCAAAAAAAAAUGCAGACAUUCUUCCGAGAAACCUUGCCAAGUGAUCAGUCCCAAAUACUGCACUCGGGUUUCACAUUCUCCAAGCAUUGCGUUGGUGGAGGUACGGAGAAAGGCUAUGCUGCUGCGCUGGUUCAAGUUUAUGGAUGUUAUUUUUAAUAAAUUUCAUCAUUGCAGCUGUUGUUA